AAGAUUGGGAGAAACCUCAUUCCAAGUGGGGAAAUACAGAUACGUGGGAUCACUAUUUCAUCGAAAAGAUACCAGAUGCAAUGAAGCACAAGUCAUAUAAUGCUCUAGGUGCUGAAUUAAAAGUUUUGAUUCAGAACUUAAAACAAGAAACAAGAGCUAGCAAAAAGGCAUUAGCGAUGCAACGUGAUUUGAGAAUCA